AGUGACUUAUCGAUCGGAUCAAGGGUUCAGAAUCUCGAUAGUCUAUCGUCCCCAACACACUAUGAAUUCAUUAUUUUCAUCAAUAAAUUAUAUUCUGAAAUAAUAAUUUAUUUAUACUUAAAACUACUGACUUAACUAUUGUAAAUCUUAUGAAUACAUUGAAGUUGUCUACUUAUUUUAACAUUUUUUUUCAUUUUUAAAAGGGUUACAAUUAAUGGUUUACGCUUGGAUUUACAAUCAGCUUUUCAAGCACGUAUACGUUAUUUACAAAGUAUUCAACAUGAAAAAAUUCAUACAAUUACAAAAUUUUCUUUACCCUUUAAGUGUGACAAUAAUAAUGUUACAACAGAAAUGUUCUCAAAUAUUUGCUCAUCAUUUGAUUCUAAUAAAUUAUCAUGUUCAUUAAAUAAACAAUAUCAUCACCAUCAUCAUCAUCAUUAUUAUUAUCAUCAUCGAAGAGAGAGAUUAUUAAAUUCUUAUUUGUAUAACUUCACUGAAUUAAAAGAUUCUACACCAAUUAUACAUUUUAAUGGAUUACAAUUAAUACGUAUACAAUUGCCUGUUCAACAAUAUUCAUCAUUAUUAUGGAUUGUAUUUAUGUUUCAAACGAAUUAUUUAAAUGAAACUAUUUUAUAUACAAUACCUAAUUUACAAUAUGAAUUAAAUAUGAUAGAUAAGUUUAUAUCAAAGAAAAUAGAUAAGAAGAUGUUCACAUAUGAAGAAAUAAAUCAAUUUAUUUUACCUGUACAACAAUUAAAACAACAACAAAAAAUGAAUGAACAAUUCAUUUACAAUGAGACGGUUGACAACUUUCAAAUAUCACUUGUAAAUGGUUAUAUUCAUGUGAAAUAUAUUAUCAGUAAUAAACAUGAAGUAUAUGAAUUACCUGUCUUUUUAUCCGAUGGAAAAUGGCAUUAUUUUGAAUUGAUUCAUAACAAUUCAUAUAUAACUGUUUAUUUGGAUAAAAAUGUAUUUAGUCAAAGGACAAAUUUAACCAUUACAGAAUUACCUGUUCAACAAAUAAUUAUCGGAUCAUCCAAUUCAUAUGAAUCGUCAUUAUUACCAAUAAAUUCUAGGGUUAACCAAAUUAAUGGUUAUAAUGGUGAUAUUGCGCAUUUUUUAUACAAUGGUAUCGAACUAAUGUCAUACAAGAAAAAGCAUGUACACAUUCAAUAUCCAUUAAAUGAAAGUAAUUUAGAAAAUAACUUUGAAUUUACACUUAAUCAGUGGGUGGUUGAAUUUACUGCCCAAUUAUUUGAAUAUAACGUAAGAUAUAAGCCAACCAGUUAUGACUUCCCUGUACAAUUUAAACAAUCCAAAUGUUAUCUUUCAAUAAGCAAUAAACAUUUCGAAAAUGUGUCAUUACUUAUUAAGUUUUCUUUUAAAACAUCAAUUGAUCAAGGUAUAUUGUUAUUUAUUUUAAACAAAUUUAAUGACAAUUUUCUACUUAUUGAAUUAUUCAGUGGUCAUUUAUUAUUCUCAAUACAUUUUAAUAAUGAACUAAUAACAAAGAAGAUAACAACAUUGUCAAUAAAUAAAGGAGUAUCGUUUAAUGAUUCACAAUGGUAUACAGUUGAAUUAUUACAAGAGAAUAAAGUAAGUGACAUAUUGACAAUUCGAAUAAAUACACAAACAUCAAUUGAAACAUUCACUAAUAUAGAUUUAAAUGAAUUGCUUAAUUAUAAACAAUCAUUUUCAAAUUAUGUAAUCAAUAUUGGUGGUUGUCCUAUGUCAGAUUUUAUGAAAUUUCAAGGUAAAAUCAAAUCUACAUUUGGCUUUCAAGGUUGUAUUGCCAAUUUUCAAUUGAAUCACCAUCCAACAAUCAAUCUUCUACAAAUGGCUAAAAUUUAUCCGAGUCUUGAUUGUAAUGAUCAUAUAGUAUAUGGAUGUGAAUCAAUGACUUCUGGUUGUGCAUUAUCACAAAAUAGAAAUAAUAAUAUCUAUCCAUUUCAGUCAAGUCUUCAUGAUUUUGAAUCUAGCGAUGAUUCGAGAAAUGUAUAUAUGUGUUAUAAUGAUGGAGAAUGUUUGGACAAAUUAAAUACAUUUUAUUGUGCUUGUGAUUUGACUACGUUUCAAGGUCAUCAGUGUAACGAAGUUGGUACGACUUUGCAUUUUGGUAAAAUCGGUUCAAUCAGUGCCUAUAUGUUCAAUUCUAAUGAAACUUUAACUAAUGCAAAACAAUAUACUGGAUUUGUACAAUUUGAAAUUGAGUACAAUGAUUUAUAUACCGUAAAUGAUAUAUUCACUUUUGGACUACAAUUAGAUAUAAAAAGGUUGCAUCAUACUGACAAGUUGAAAUCAAUUGAUAAUGAUUUUAUCACUUUGUUAUUUGCUGGAAAUCAAUUUCAAAAUAACUUGACUUAUCUUCAUAUCUAUUUGGAACAAGGAUAUUUAAAAAUGAAAUUUUUAUUGGAUGGUUCAAUGAUUGUUAUUGAUGGUCCAAAGAUCAAUGUACAAGAUGGAUAUUAUCAUAGGAUUCGGGGAAUUAGAUCCAGAAAUCAGAUUCUCCUUGAAGUAGAUCAAUAUCAAACUGUUUAUCGUUUGUACAAUGAAUUAACUUCACUUUUGAAAACACGUUUUAUUUGGUUGGGUCAUUCACCAUUGUCAAAUUGUUCGGAUUUCAUACAAGGUUAUGUAACAGGGGUUUAUUACAAUGGAUUACGGCUAAUUGAUCUUGCAUCUGGUUUACAGCAUCUGACAUUUGUUAAAGUUACACGAUACGCUGAAGUAGAGUAUACAAAUACAUAUCAAUUAAAAUUAGGACCAAAUAGUCCAUUUUACACUAAAUCCAAUUUACGAAAAAGAAAAAAACCAUUACAACUGUCGAAAUCUCCAUCUUCAAUCUUCAGUCCACUUUCAAUUUCAAAUGAUUUUAUUACAGAUUUCAAUAUACCUAAUACAAAUGGAAAUAAAUGUUCAUCAUGUAUAAACAAAGACGAUUUUUCACGGAAUCCAUCACCACUUGUAUCAUCAUCAUCAUCAUAUUCAAAUGAUUUAUUACCUAAUUCUGAAAUUCAACCAACAAUAAUAACAUUUACAAAAUCAUUAAAUAUUUGGUUAUUUAUUUGUUUAAUUUUAACAGGUUUAAUUUUAAUCAGUUCAUUUGGUUUUCUUAUUUAUCGUUGUACACAACAUAGACAUAUUGAAGAAUAUAACAAUCAUAUUGAACAUCAUGAACAAUCUACUUUAACAAAUGAACCACAUUUAUUACAAUCAAUAGAGAAUGUUAAAAUUAAUGAAUUAGAGAAACAAGGAUACUAUGAAAAUAAUCAUUAUUCUCAAAAUCAAUUACAACAAAAUAUUUCAUUCUAUCAUACAGGGUAUUUAAAUGAUCAUAGAAAUGAAUUGAAUUCAAUAAUACCUUCUUCAUUUUCUAUUCGUAAUGAUCAAUAUACAAAUGAUAAAAUUGAUAGUUUAUCAACAUCUUUAUAUAUAGACAAUGUAAUUCCUUCAAAUCAAAAUGAAACUUAUACUAGUCAGAAUAAAUUACAACAUGAAUUCAAUAAUCAACAAAUUGAUGAUUAUAAAUUAGAUAGAUAUGUAAAUUUACCUACUUGGUCUACAAUACGAAAUAAUAAUAAUAAUCUUAAUGGUAAUAUCUUAAAACAUUCCAAUUUCUUUACUUAUCAUCCUCAUCAACACAAAUCUAGUAUAAAUGAUUUUACAUUUGUACAAAGUAGACAAGCAAUGUAAGAUAUGUAUCAUGUAUGUAUAUGUGUGUCUGUGUGUGUGUUUAUUUGAUUACAUGUCUCCAUGUUAGGUUAAUUAUAUAAUAUUAUGUUUUGUUUAUUACAUAUUGAUGUAAUAAAACAUAAUUUAUGUUACCUCUUUGUAUUUAUGCUUUUUGUGUGUGUGUGUGUGGGUAUCUUUCAAAAGCUAAAAACAGAUAAAGCUAUUUAACAGGGUAUGCUGAUAUUCCAUUUGAUCAUUACAUAUAUUAAAAUAUAAUUUAGACAAGUUGAAUACUAUAAAUCUCUUUUAUUUUCCUCUUAUAAUUAAUUUGUUUUAAAGUUAAUUGUUCUAUAUUAUUAUAUUACUAUUAUAUAAGAGGAUUAUUUCUUUCCAUGUUGUUAACCUUUAUUAUUGUGUAUACAAGUAAAAGUCUGAUUUUCUAUACACAAACAGUCUCUACAACAAAAAUAUAAUCACAAUUUUGUUGCUAUGACAACAAAAAUUCACAUUAUUUUCCACAGAUCAUUCAUUAUUCAAUGUUGAUUUCUAACGUAAAAAAACACUUAUGAUUCUAUCAAUUCAAUGAAUUAAAUAAUAUUCAUCAUCUCAGUUUUAUAUCAUGAAAUUGUAGUACAUUUUCUAUGAAAUAAUUUAUUUUAUUGAUUUUUAUUAAAUACAAAUAAUAAUAA